AUGGCCAACGCCUUGGCGCCGACACCCUCCACGGCGCUCUGCGACGUGCAGCCGAACAGGGCUUACACGAAAAUAAUCGGUAUAGUUAUUGGAAAAACAGAUGUCAGAGGCUUUCCAGACAGAAAAAAUAUUGGAUCAGAGAGGUUUACUUUUAGUUUCACCAUUCGGGACUCCCCAACAUAUUUUGUUAAUGCAGCCUCCUGGGGCAAUGAAGAUUACAUCAGAUCACUCUCUGACAGCUUCCGGGUGGGUGAUUGCGUGAUAAUUGAAAACCCUCUAAUUCAAAGAAAGGAAUUAGAAAGAGAAGAAAAAUUCAACCCCCCAACUCCCAGUAAUUAUAAACUAUUGCUCAGUGAGACUCACUCAAAGGUGAAAGUUUGUUCCAGUUUUGAAGUGGACAUCAAACUACUUUCUUUGAUCCACUUACCUGUUAAAGCAUCUCAGGAUUAUUAUUCGCUGGGUGACAUUGUGGCCAAUGGACAGAGUCUUGAUGGAAAAAUAAUUAAUGUGCUUGCAGCAGUGAAGUCAGUUGGAGAACCAAAAUAUUUUACAACUUCAGACCGAAGAAAAGGCCAGAGGUGUGAAGUCAAACUUUAUGAUGCGAUGGAGUCAGCUUUUGCAAUGAUCUGUUGGGAUAAUGAAUCCAUUCUACUUGCACAGAGUUGGAUACCACGGAAAACAGUGAUAUUUGCUUCAGAUGUAAGAAUAAAUUUUGACAAAUUUCGGGAUUGCAUGACAGCAACUGUCAUCUCAAAAACCAUUAUAACAACUAACCCAGAUAUACCUGAAGUUAACAUUCUCCUGAAUUUUAUAAAAGAAAAUAAAGAAACAAAUCUUUUGGAUGAUGAAAUGAACAGUUAUAUGAAAGAAUCUAUAAAUUUAGAUACUAUAGUUGAUGUCUAUACAAUUGAGCAGAUAAAGGUAAAAGCUUUGAAGAAUAAAGAAAAUAAUGGCCCUGUUUAUGGCAUUCUUUAUGCAUACAUUUCUACACUGAAUAUCGAUGAUGAGAGUGUAAAAGCAGUUCAAAAUAGAUGUUCGGGCUGUGGUCGCAGAGUGUUGGAAGCAUCCGGUGUUUGUAAAACUUGCAGCGGACAUUCAUCUGGAUUGAAGUCUGUUUUUCUCAGCUUUGAUAUGUUAAUUGAUCUCACAGAUCACACCGGGACCCUCCGUUCCUGCAGCUUCCAGGGAACUGUGGCUGAGGACACCUUGGGUUGCACGGUAAAUCAAUUUCUUGCAAUGUCGGAUGAACAGAAAACAGCAUUAAAGUGGCAAUUUCUUUUGGAAAGAAGCAAAAUUUAUUUGAAAUUUUACCUCUCUCAGAGGGUAAGGGAAGGAUUAAGAGUCAGUGUGCUGUCAUGUAAGCUGGCAGAUCCUAUUGAAGCAAGCAGGAGCUUGUCUGGACAAAGGAACAUUUAA